UCUGUAACUCGCUGGUUGAAUACAGGCACGCUUUUACUGCCGAGUCAUAGUUCUCCGAUUGACGUUGUGGAGACGUUCCAACUUUCUCGUGAAGCUCUGCUUUCUUGCCGAUGGCUGUGCGGCUCUUUGAGGGGAAAGACCAUGCAGUCUCUUACCUGCAGUACAGAGUGACGCCCCACGAAAUGAUCAGCAAAAUAAUGAGCUACGUGGAGCAGAAGACACCGCAGCAGUACAAACUGGCUGUGGAUGUGGGCUGUGGUCCGGGGAAAGGGACGGUCCUUCUUGCUCCUUACUUCACCAGGGUGGUUGGAACGGACAUCAGCCAGGCUAUGAUAGAAAGAGCGCUAGCCAAAAGCAACCCACCAAACAUUUCAUACAGACGUUGCCCUGCAGAGGAGAUGCCCUUUGCGUCAGGGGAGGUGGACCUUGUGACGGCCAUGACGGCGGCCCACUGGUUUGACCGGCCGCGGUUCCUCCAGGAGGUUGACAGGGUGCUCAGACCUGGAGGCUGCCUUGCUCUCCUGAGCUACACCAUGGACAUGAUCCUGGAAUACAGAGAAGUCUCAAACGUCCUGAACGACAUCUGCCGAGAGUUCUACGCUGCCCUGCUUCCCUACCGAAGUUCUUAUUUAGGACCAAGCUCCAGGAAGAUUUACUCUGACAUGUUUAACUCCUGCUCUUACCCUGACAAAGAAUGGACUGAGUGCCAUCCAGUGAGAAGGACCCUUCCAGUGAGUGGGUACAUAGGCAUGGUGGAGACCUUCUCCAGCUACCAGCAGCUGAAGCAGAAGGACCCUUCUGAAGCUGAUCAUCUCUCCAACAGGAUCCUGACCAAGUUACUGACCGCCAUGAAUGCGUCCUGUCCUGACACUGAAGUGGUGGUGAUCGUGAACUAUUUCGGCAUGCUGGCGUGCAAACCUUCAUCUGAAUGAAACUUUCUGCGCUUUGGAACGCCACGCGACGCGCAAACCCAAACCUGGAAGCCCACUUGGAGGGUCUGAGGAUGCCGAUUCAUGGCUUUUGCUCCACACUUUUAAUGGGUAAUAAAUAUUUAGCAGUACUGGUGCUCUGUGUGAACAUGUCAAAAGUUUUUUUUUUUUUUAAAUAAAAAUCUAACAGUUGGAUCAAGUACUUUUAUUUUCAGUUCAUGAUAUCGGAAAAAAGUGUAGCAAGAUAUGAAUUCGGGAAAUAAACAUCAUUUUCCUAAAAUUUUAUAGCACUACUAACAAAAAAUAAUACUUAAGGAUAGCUGAAACAAAAAAGUUUUUAGUUACAGACGUAAUAACCAAACUCGCAUUCAGACAUAAAAAAGAAAAGCAGCUAAAUCUUUAACAAGACUAGCAUACAGCAACUUAAUCUCAUAUUUCACUGGUGACAGGAAGUUUAUUAUUAUUAUUAUUAUUAUUGUGUUCCUUUUCAAUUUAUUUUGUUGCACAUAAACAAACUGGUUUUCAUAUAUACACAUUCAUAUCACUUUCACUCGUGGAAUUUUGAGCCUCUCUGCUUGCUGUCAGUUUUCUUGUUCUUAUGAUUAUUAAACAGGAACAGAGAAACACUUUCCUCCUGUUAAUCUUUCAUUGGUGAAUGCUACACACUCAGACGCUGGACAAUCACAAUGUAUAUUUUAAACACAAAAUAUGAAAAUUAGAGUGAAUACCAAGGCACAUGUCUCCUUGGAACAGGUCUUAAGUUUUUCUGUAUAUAUACACAGUUAUUUCUUUAUAUUUUUCUGCAUAUUGUACUGCUUUGUUGUGGGGUUUUUUAUUGAUAUAUUGAUA